AAAUAAUAGAUAAGUCGAUUAGUCACGGCGCCGUAUCUAAGGUGUGGACAUCAGAUAACUUUUAGUAUGUUAAUAGUAUUACCGCUCAGUGUUUCUCAGUAACAAAAAUACUGUAUUUAUCUUUGAUAAGAUAGCAAAUUGUGGCAUGCGCCAGUUCUGUUCACGAGGUUACGCACACAAUUUUUCGGUGAACACCCAACAACAACUCAUUUGUUAUAUAACUUUAAGGUAGUUUAGACGCGUACAUCUGAAAAUGGCUAUUGACUACAUUAAAACCACACCGGGGAUUCUGAAAGCCGUCGAAGUGGUAUUAAACUUCAUUGGUUUCGUGUCGGUGGCGGCGACGGGAGUUAGUCCAAGAGGAGAUGCUUUUCUGGUUGCAUCCGUCGGUGGAUUCUUGAUCACCGGAAUUAUGCUCGUUCUCUUCAUGCUGGAUCUGCAUGAAAAGAUCCCAAUACCGUGGAACAGGGUCGAAUUUUUCUUCUGCAUCAUCUGGGCCGUCUUCUACUUAAUCACUGCAGCUUUAGUAAUUGAUGUGAGAGCAGGUGGUUACAUCGCAGGAGGAUCUUUCGGAUUGUUCGCCACCGUCGCCUAUUUAUUGGAUGCCUACGAUAAAUACAGGAACAGUGCAUGAACCUAACUUAUUCAUUCAUUUAUUUAUAUAUUGUAUUUUGUUUGUAUAUAGUGUAAUUGUAACUUAAUAAAAUACA